AGGCGUAUUGAAGCGGGCCUGAGCCUGCGCAGACUCAGAAAACUCAGGCAAACCAAAGAAUGGCGGGUACGGGGUUGGUGGCCGGAGAGGCCGUGGUGGAUGCGCUGCCGUAUUUUGACCAAGGCUAUGAAGCACCUGGUGUGCGGGAAGCGGCUGCGGCGCUGGUAGAGGAGGAAACUCGCAGAUACCGACCUACCAAGAACUACCUGAGCUACCUGACAGCCCCGGAUUAUUCUGCUUUUGAAACUGACAUAAUGAGAAAUGAAUUUGAAAGACUGGCUGCUCGGCAACCAAUUGAAUUGCUCAGUAUGAAACGAUAUGAACUUCCAGCCCCUUCCUCGGGUCAGAAAAAUGACAUUACUGCAUGGCAAGAAUGUGUAAACAAUUCUAUGGCCCAGUUAGAGCAUCAAGCGGUUCGAAUUGAGAAUCUAGAACUAAUGUCACAGCAUGGAUGCAAUGCCUGGAAAGUAUAUAAUGAAAAUCUGGUUCAUAUGAUUGAACAUGCACAGAAAGAACUCCAGAAGUUAAGGAAACAUAUUCAGGAUUUAAACUGGCAGCGAAAGAAUAUGCAACUCACAGCUGGAUCUAAAUUAAGAGAAAUGGAGUCAACUUGGGUAUCUCUGGUCAGUAAGAAUUAUGAGAUUGAAAGGACUAUUGUGCAAUUAGAAAAUGAAAUCUUUCAAAUUAAGCAGCAACAUGGAGAAGCCAACAAAGAAAACAUCCGACAAGACUUCUGAAAAGACAGAUUGAUUCGGUGGGUAGAAAGAAAGGCAAGUUGGGCUUUCACAGAAGAUCAGGCAUCUGAACUAUGAAGAUCAGUGGCAUGUUACAGAAGUCAUCAGUGGUUAAGUGUUGAGAACCAUGGAAAGUGGACUGUUAUGUGCUAUUUGUACAUUAGCAAAAUAAAAAGUUUCAACUUGGCGGUAUGUUUUUUGCCAUAAAAAACAAAAAACAAAAAACUUUAGACUUCUAAAAUAACUAUUACUUUAGAAUAAUAUUAUACCAGAAUUAAUUUUGAGCCACUUGGACCAUAUUUUGUGUUCAAGAGAUCUUUGUUGAAAGUUUUCAACUUGUACAAGACGUUGAAAACUUUUGGUUUAUGUUUUUCAAAUAAAGAGGUAGUUCUACAAAUUCUUGAUACCAAACAAGACUGAAGGAAUACCGUGCUCCAUGUAUGUCAUCUGUCACCAUUCUCUUCCUAGGUAACAGCUACAUAAGGCUUAGUGGGUGCUUAGUAAAGCGUUCUACACGCUUUAGGUAGAUGAACUAAACUUACAUGAAUAAAAAAAUCAUUUGAUCCUCACAAAAAACUUAGAAAGUAGGUACUGUUGUUCCCAUACACAGACUCAUAACAGGCACUGAUUUAACUUGCCCAAAUUUUAUAGCUAGAAAGUGUCAUCCGGGUUUCAAGCCAGAGUUGUGUUCUUACCCCUCUACUGCUAGGGAAUUAAAAAGUAUAAAAGAUUCCUGCCCAGUUCAGAAAACAGAUUUGCAGCAUAUCAAAGAAUAAAUAGUCUUCAUGUACAAAGACCUUUACAAAUCACUGCUUCAUAUUUAUGAGAGGGGAAAAAAGAAUUGCAUUUCAUUUUUUUCUAUUUUUUUAAAUUGACUUUUAUUCUUUUUUUUUUCUUUUAACUUUUAUUUUAUUUAAGUGUAUUUUUCCA